AUGGGCACUCCCUUAGUCGACGAUGAGUUGACAUAUGAUGAAAGCUGGGCAGAGGCUCUAGCCGUCGCUGUGGAGAUGGUCGCUUCUAUAUCUCAAAGGAUGCUGGCCAGCGCCGAGGACUUUGGUGACUUCUUCGUUGAUGACUGGGCUCGCUCGAAGGUCGAUGCAAUGAUGGCUGGUCACACACGCUAUCCCCCCAAGGCAGCGCCAUUACUCCUGACAUUCUUUCGUCAGUGGUGGACCACUGCUCACAAGGCCACUCGAACGAAGCUUCUCGAUGAUCUGGCCGGCAGACUCAUCAUUCAUCUGCGCGGUACUGCAACGGCUCGAGCUAUCAUUCACAGUCUCAUCGAAGAUCCCCGAUCGGAUGAAGAGUUCAAUCUGAUUGCGCGUCUUGAAGGCUCCUGUAAGAUGCCGAGUCCUGAGACUGUGAUGGCGAUAGUGCUGACUUGCUCGCGAGCACAAUGGAGAGUUAAGGCGUGGCAAAGCUGCGGUGUCAUGUCGGAGGGCCUAGUAGAAGUCUGCAGGAAGGCGGUUCUAUAUGAUCCGGACGCUCAAGUCAGGCCCCAAGCCCUGGCAACCUGCACCUGUGCACAUUUGGUCAUUCUGGCACUCAGCGAAGAUGAUUCUGGCAUGAUCAUUCAUGUUGAAUCAGAGAUCCUCAAAAGGGUUGAGGCUGAUUCUGAGCAGUUCCUCCGGUAA